AUGCAGUUGGCUGAACAUUUGGUGAAAGACAUAGGUAACUUCCAAUACGCGAAAUCUCUUGCCAAUGGGAGGAUUUUAGUGGUCUGUCAUUCCAAAUCUCAACAGGAAUGUGCGCUUGCUAUAACAUCUCUGAACAAGUGCGAUGUGGAGGUUUACGCACCGGGGACAGGCUCUAAGACUAAAGGUGUGAUCUAUGGGGUGCCUACUGAGCUAUCAGAUGAAGAUAUCUUGGGUAAAGCGAAAGGAGCAGAGGUCUCCGAAGUAAAGCGCUUCCAAAUAACGAAAGAUAACAUGAGAGUUGCCAGCCAAACAGUCUUAUUAACAUUGGAGUCAGAAUCUAUCCCCAGGCGGAUUGAAAUUGGGUACUUGAGCUUUCAAGUUAAGCCCUACAUUAGACCCCCGCUGCGAUGCUUUAAUUGUCACACAUAUGGACAUGUGGCGGCUGUAUGUAGAAAGAAAAGAAAGUGUGGUAAGUGCGGGGGAGACCAUAACUAUGAGGAUUGUGCGUCAGCUUUAUGCUGCCCGAACUGUGGAGAAGCGCAUAGUGCAGGCUUUAAAGGGUGUCGCUUCUAUGCGAACGCCGUAGAAGUGCAAAAAAUUAGAACUUAUGAACGCGUGUCAUAUGCUGAAGCUGUGAAAAGAGUGGGUCAUGCUAACCGCCCCUCUCAACAACCUGCUAGAAUCUUCACUCCUCCGAGCGAUAGCCUUAUCAUUAAGAAAACUGAUUUCCUGGCUUUUAUCACUGACGUGCUUACUGGGCUUAAGUUUUCUAAGGUGGUUAAAAAGUCAGAUGUGAUCCGGAUUGUUUCAUUGUCAGCAGCGAAAUAUCUGCAGAUAUUGAACGGGCGUACGAUAUGCUGUGGAGAGAAGGCCUCCUUGUCAAACUGCUCAAGUAUGGUGUCAAUGGAAGGCUGUUUAGCUGGAUUAAGAAUUUCUUGGAAGAUCGAACUAUCCAGGUAAGGGUUGGGGAUGUUAUGUCAGCUACUGUGUUGGUGGAAAAUGGAACUCCGCAAGGGAGUGUAAUUAGUCCCGUGCUUUUCAAUGUCAUGAUUAAUGAUAUAUUUUUAGAUCUUAAUCAAGGGACUGGGAGGUCUCUGUUUGCAGAUGAUGGGGCCCUCUGGGUUAAAGGAAGAAAUGUCCCUUUUAUUUUAUGUAGGCUACAGGGAGAGUUGAACGUUGUGGAAAAGUGGGCAGGAAAAUGGGGUUUUAAAAUUUCUGUCUCUAAAUCCAAAUAUGUGUUUUUUAGCCGCACUAGGAAGAAAUGGGACAUGUCUUUAACUCUCUAUGACUCUCCCAUUGAGAGGGUAGAAAGUUUUAAAUACUUAGGAGUAUGGUUCGACAGCAAGCUAAAUUGGAACAUUCACAUCUCUAAAGUAAUUGCUAAAACUGUCAAGGUCAUUAAUGUGAUGAGGUGCUUGACUGGCUACUCUUGGGGGGCAGAAAAGGGUACCCUCCUCACCAUCUACCAAGCUAUGAUCAGGUCAAUUUUUGAUUAUGGUUGUCAAGUGUAUGGAGCUGCUUCCAACUCUGCUCUGAAAAGACUUGAUGUUAUUCAGUCAAAGGCUCUUAGAGUCUGUUGUGGUGCAUUUGCCUCCACAUCAACCUCUGCACUGCUUGU